GCCCGGAAAGGACCUGACUUCCCGGAGGCGGCAAAUCCGGAGGAUCUGCGGCCGCCUUCAUGCUGCCCUUGGGCUGCUCGCGCCGGCUGGUGGCCGAGCUGCGGGAUGCCCUGGACGCCUGCGCCGAGCGGCAGCGGCAGCUGGAGCGGAGCCUGCGCGUCUCCCGCCGGCUGCUGCGGACCUGGCUCUGAGGUUGGGAGGCUGCCGCGAGGCCAGGCGGCUCCUUGGGGUCGGUCGGGUCUGGGCCCUGCUUUCUGGCUGUGCCGCCACUGUACUGGUCUUGGCAGGGAACCAGCCGAAACGCCGGCUGCGGAGCCAACCCCAGAGCCAGAAACUAAUGAAGAGGCCCCGCCUCCAGCAGACACGCCCAGCCCUCAAGACCUCAGGGAGCUGGAGCUUCUGACCCAGGCACUGGAGAAGGCUGUGCGGGUGAGAAAAGGCGUCUCUAAGGCUGGAGAAAGACAUGGGACCCUUAGCCUGAAGUCCGCUGCCACUUCUCGUGCUACCACAGCCUCUGCCCCACCCGGGGCCUCAGGCCAGGCUGGCCGGCAAACCUCAGACACAAAACCACCCAGGGGCAUCCACCAGACCACAGUGCCUGCCAGGGGCCUCCCUGAGUGCAGGCUUCCAUCAGUGGCGGAUCGCACCCGUAUGGGGAGAGGAGCCUCAACCACCAAGCCCAGACCAAGCCUCAGGGACCAACAGAUACCCCCAUCGGCUACUCCUCGGGCCCCAGAAGCUUUCACACUGAAGGAGAAGGGGAGCCUGCUGAAGCUACCCAUGGCCUACAGGAAAGUGGCUUCCCAGAACUCCCGCCUGUGGGCCCAGCUCAGCUCUCCCCAGACCAGUGACUCCAAGGACGCUGCUUCCAUGGCCAAAACCCAGUUCCUCCAGAAAAUGAAGACGACUUCGGGCUGGCCCGGCUCUGGGCUCGCUGCUGCGGAGGUAGAGGCGGAGGCCGGGCUCCUGCGGAAGGCCUGCUCGCUGAUGAGACAGCGAAUGGAGGAAGUGCUCUCUGCAGACCCUGCUGACCGGAUACAGGAGUACUACUCCCUGCUUACCCUGGAGGGGCUGCAGGCCAUCACGGGGCAGUGUCUCCACAGACUGCAGGAGCUGCGUGCAGCCGUAGCAGGACAACAGCUGGGGCCGUGGCCUGAGGGGAGAUGCUGCAGAGCCUCACUGUCCUAUGGGGGAAGAACAGACCCUACCUGGAGCCCCCAGCUUCUUUUCUACUCCAGCCCCGAGGAGCUGCAGAGUCUGGCGGUCCUCAGGCUGCGGGUGGCCAUGCUGGACCAGCAGAUUCACCUGCAGAAGGUCCUGAUGGCUGAUCUCCUCCCGCUGGUGGGCGCGCGGGAGCCUCCAGGGCCGCCCUGGGUGGCGCUUUGCCGAGCUGUGCAUAGCCUGCUCUGUGAGGGAGGGGAGCGCUUCCUCACUGUCCUUCGAGAUGAACCUGCCCACUGAGCCCUUCCUGUAGCCGGCUGCCCCCGGACCCUGCCGCUUCCCAGACUGCUGGACCCUGCCAGGAGGGUGAGGUUACUCUGACCCACGAGACUGGGAGAGCGCCCCCCUAUUAGGUCAAGGGGGAUUGAGAGAACUUUCUGUGUGGUGGCCUGGGGGGCUUAGAGAUGGCUCUACCCACCUAGGAAAGCAAGGUCCCUGGCCGGGGGGUGGGGGACAGCCCCCGGCUCCUACUGAACAACCCAGGGCCCCAAAGCUAGCAGUCAGGCCUCUGCUUGGCAUAGCCUUCAGCAGGCUCGGAGACAGAGGCCUGUCAGGCUUUUUUCUUAGCUACCUCUGUUCUUUCCUGCUUUCACACUUACCAGCCGUUUGUAUGACAUUAAAACUCCUUUAGAAAGGAUCUAGAUUUAAGGCAGGA